UUUCUAGAUUUUUCGUUCUUAUUUUCUUAUCACGCUUUUAAAUAAAUCUCUUUUGGAAGCUUGUGAAUAAAGAUAUUUAUUUUUAAUUUUUCAUUCAUUUUUGCAAAAGCACUUUAUAUUAUUGGCAGACCUGUGUGUUUGACUUACCUCGUGAAACGAAAGUGUGGUGCGUUUUCUUCAUUGUUCAGAGAAUCUUAAGUAUUUUUCAGCCUCAAAGUAAUAUAAGAGUGCAACUUGUCUGGAUAAAGUUUUUCGCUAGCUGGUUAAGAGUCGAUAAUUUUGAUUAAAUUUGCCAAAAGCGGCGGCCGGAAUUAAGAAAUAAAAGUAUUAAUUCACGAAAUACAUAUUUGAGGAGAAGAGAGAGCAAGGUCUGUGUUUGUCGGUGAAACUUCAGAGGAAAAAAUCAGAAAAAAUGAAGCUGACAGCCCAGCAACUUCUCAUGCCAAUGCUGCUGGGAUUCUCCCUAACAGGUGUCAGCGUUGUUUUGUUGUACCUGUUUACGAAAAAGGAUGAAGACGAGGCAACUAAGCGCAGAAAGACUUUUAUCGAAACUUCACGGCAGAGUGAAAUUCAGCUGAAAGUACCUCGAGAAUUCGUUCCUGCAGUUAUUGGACGUGGAGGAUCUGUAAUUAAAGGCAUUCAGCAGGACACAGAAACCCAAAUAAAAUUUAAAGAAGAAACUGAUCUCGAGGCUCCAGAUCGAAUUUGUAUCAUUCGUGGAAAACCAGAAUGUAUUCGUUUCGCCGAAGCCAUGCUUCUCACUAUAAUUAAAAACCAGCCGAUUAUCGAGACCUGCGAAAUGUGCGUUCCUCAAAGGGCCAUAGGAAGAAUCAUGGGAAAAGGAGGAGAGAGUAUUAAGCAAAUUCAGAAUACUUCAAGUGCCAAAAUUAUAUUGGAUGCUCACGUUCCGAACAAUGAUCCGAAUGCAGAGAGGCGAAUACUCAUAAAGGGCACAGCUGAACAAAUAGCGACUGCUCGUAAAUUGCUGGAAAAUAAAGUCAAGGAAGAAAACGAAGCUCGUGAGAAAUUAGAAUCCAGUACAAGACAGCCUCGAAGUAAAGUAUCACCAAGGAGUAACGGAGUUCAAUACGAAAAUUCUGGUGGCGAUAACACAGACGAAGAGACUCUUGUUUCGGAAAAUGACAAAAAAUCGGAAGCAGAUACUGCCGAGAUUUCUUCUCAGGUUGAUAGCACUGAACCAGUCACUGAAUCUCUACCAACUCAAGAUGGUACAAUGGAAGUUUAUGUCAGUGCUAUGGAGAACCCGAGUCAGUUUUGGGUCCAAGUUUACGGGCCUAGUACGCUCGCUCUCGAUGUAUUAGUGGAAGAUAUGACGGAGUAUUAUGAAAAGGAAGAGAAUGCAGAAAGUCAUGUACUGAAGAAUAUAACAAACGGUCAGAUCGUGGCAGCUAAAUUCAGUUUCGACGAACGAUGGUACCGAUCUGAAGUAAUUUCGGGGCCAGAAAACGGCCAAUACGAAGUUUUCUUUCUCGAUUUCGGAGAUCGCGAGAAAGUUCGUCAAGAAGAUAUCCUCGAGCUUCGAACUGAUUUUCUCAGUCUCAGGCUCCAAGCCAUCGAAUGUUCCUUGGCGAACGUCAAACCUCGGGGUGGAGAAUGGAGCGAAAAAGCUUGCGAUAGGUUCGCAGAUCUUAGUAGCGUGGCUCAGUGGAAGCGAAUGUUCGCUUUAGUGAAAGGAUAUAAGGAGAGAGUAAUCGGAUGUGGAAGAACCCGUCGUGAGGGAUCACCGAUACCCAGUAUUAUAAUCUACGAUGUUAUUGACAGUAAGGAAAUUGAUGUUGGAAGAGAGUUAAUAAAUGAAGAUCUGGCUGAUUCAGAGGAAGAAGUUCUAUCAGCAGCUAGCUCAACAAUAUCCAUAUCGAGACGUAAUCCGGAUUUUAAAAAGAGUACUUCUCCCCCUUCCGUCUCGAGCAAAAGUCCUGAUCCUCCAGUACAAUUAGGAAAUAAAAAUAAGGUUAUUCAAGAAAUCGAUCUUACCACACCUAAAAGAGGAAGUAGUAGUAGGCACGUUGAGGAAAUUGAUUUGGUGAGUCCGCCAAAAAGCCAAACUUCCCUAUUCAUUGACAACGAGAGAAGGUCAAACUUCGAAAACGGAAGCGGGGAUCAUUCUCGAGUCGACAGGAAAUCCAAAUCGAGAUCACCUCCUCGUGCCGCCCCAGCCGGUUAUGAGAGCGACUUAUCAGGAGGAGAUUCAGACCUCGAAAUGGAAUAAAAAAUUAUCUAAACUAAGUACCCACCCAAUAUCUCACCAAAAAACAAGACAAAUUCAUUUUAUUUUUUUCAAUCAUUAACAUUCGCGACAUUUGAGCAUCUCAUUUUACCAGUUUUUUCAACCCACGUAUAAAAAUAAAAAAUUCAAUUUUCCUAUACGAUUACGGUGUGCAAAUAAGUAAUAGAAAGUUUUGUCAAGUUAGAGUUUUGCAAUUGUUAUUAAUCCACAGAAAAGAUUGUGAAGUGGCAGCUAACCGUGUGAAGGUGAUUUCAUCAUUUGCGGAUGAAAAAUCGUACCUUAAACUCAAUUUUUAACCCGAUUGUUGAUUUCCAAAAAUCAGGAAACAAUUUCUUAUGGAUCUAACAUCUUGUAAAUAGAAUCGUGAUAAUGAUUUCCUUGAUAACGGAGAGUUGACGGUGUGUUUUUACUUUCAAUCGUACCAUUAAAAUAUAUUUUUGAAAGUCAUUAUGACUCAGUUACGUUAAGUUCUGUUUUUUCUUUUCUUUUCAAUCAAAGACGCUUCCGCCUUGAUUUCUUCUUGGAGUUACGAAAAUUUCAUACGAAUAAUAUUAAUUUGUGAUUAGAAUUUCUUUAUUUUUGGAAUCUUGACUUCUCUGUAAAAUUUAUUUUAUUUUAAGAAUAUUAAUUUGGUUUUGUUUCUCUCGAUUGUUCGAAAAGCGAAGUUUCUUCGGACAUUGUAAAUGUACUAUCUUCGCUUUUUUCUCAGUUCUUUACUUCGAUGUAAAUAAACAUAGUAGCUUUAAGAACGAUUAAUAAAAACAUGUAUUAUUUUAA